GGGAAAUGUAAACAGCGGUGCAGUAGUGCCAGUACAUUCUGAUUUAACUUCGCAAACUUUUUACUUUCUUUAAUCGACAGACUAUUUCACUUGGGACAUAACGAAAGGAAAACAAUGAGUGGAGAGGAAUCCAGGAGAGGCUCAUGGAGGGGUGGGAGUAGAGGAUGGAAAGGAAGAGGAGGAGGAGGUGGCGGUGGUGGUGGCGGCAGUGGUGGAGGAGGUCGCGGAUGGAGAGGAAGCGGGGGAGGAUGGAGAGGUGGUGGUGGUGGAGGAUGGAGAGGGGGAGGAUGGAGGAGCAGACCAUGGGGAGGAGGAUCAGCAGGAGGAGGUGGAGGAGGAAGAGGCUCAGGAGGAGGAGGUUGGAGAGGUGGAGGUGGCUCAGGAGGAUCAGGUAACCACACCUACAGCACUCAGAGAGCUCUUUGUCAGACUACCCUAGAUGCAUUGUGUCCGUACAAAGGAUGGACACUCUACUUCACAGAAGGCUUCAUACAGAGCUCACCUAGUGUGGAGAAGAUCAAAGUGUUUGAGAAAUAUUUCACUUCCAAGAUUCACCUAUAUGACAAGGAUGAGAUUGAGCGUCAGGGCAGUGUUCUGGUGGAUUAUGCAGACUUGACUGGAGACAAGGCUGUGCGUAAAGCACUUCCUGACCUAACCACAGAGCUGAAGGAGCAGCCAGAGAUGAUACUCAGCUGUUUGGGAGUGGCCAUUCACCAGGUGCUGACUAUAGAUUUAGAGAAACAGGCGGCUGAGCUUCAAGGGGAAGAACUAUCUGUUAAUACACCAAUCAUCAACAUCCCUCACAUUAGUGCGAGGCUGUAUAACUAUGAACCGCUGACUCCGUUGCGGACAUUGCGUGCCAGUGUGUUUGGGCGGCUGGUGUGUGUGAGGGGAACAGUGGUCAGAGUUAGCAAUAUCAGACCUUUCUGUACCAGGAUGGCCUUCAAAUGCAUGGGCUGCUCGCAAAUACAGUCUCUUCCACUGCAGCAUGGGAAAUAUGCCACACCUACCAAGUGCGGCCAGCCUAACUGUCGCAGUCGUUCCUUUACCCCCAGUCGGAGUUCUCCUCUUACACACACCGUAGACUGGCAGAUCAUCAAGGUGCAGGAGUUGAUGGGCGGAGAGCAGAGAGAGACUGGACGAAUCCCGCGUACCGUGGAGUGUCACCUGACCUCUGACCUCUGUGACAGCUGCGUCCCUGGAGACACUGUUACUGUGACAGGGAUAGUUAGAGUUACCAAUGAUGGUAUUUACAGGGGGAAUAAGGAUCAGUGUAUGUUCCUCCUCUAUCUUGAAGCCACUUCAGUCAGUAAUACCAAAGGUCAGCAGUCCAAGUUAGGUCAGGGGUCAAGAGAGUCGCUCGAAGACCGUUCUGGAGGGGAGGAGUUCAGCCUGAAGGAGCUGUAUGCCAUCCAGGAGAUCCAAUCACAGCCUGACUUGCUGAGACUCUUAGUGCACUCGUUGUGUCCUGUCAUCUAUGGCCAUUUACUGGUGAAAGCUGCACUUGCCUUGGUUUUGUUUGGAGGCAAACAGAAACACACAGACAAGAACAGCGUCCCAGUCAGAGGAGACGUACACAUCCUGAUGGUGGGAGACCCUGGACUGGGAAAGAGUCAGAUGUUACAGGCAGUGUGUAAUGUGGCUCCCAGAGGAAUUUACAUAUGUGGUAACAGUACCAGCACCACAGGACUAACGGUGACUUUAUCCCGAGACUCAGGAACAGGGGAUUACGCCCUGGAGGCUGGAGCCUUGGUGCUGGCUGACCAAGGCCUGUGCUGCAUUGAUGAGUUUGAUAAGCUGGGCAACCAGCAGCAGGCUCUCUUGGAAGCCAUGGAGCAGCAGUCUGUGAGUCUGGCUAAGGCUGGAAUAGUUUCCUCUCUGCCUGCCAGAGCAUCGGUUAUAGCUGCUGCGAACCCAGUUGGAGGACAUUACAACAGAGGCAAGACUGUCUCUGAAAACCUGAAAAUGGGCUCGGCUCUCCUCUCUCGCUUUGACGUCGUCUUCCUCCUCCUGGACAUCCCAGAUGAAUCAAAUGACCGCCGCUUGUCAGAGCACGUCAUGGCGAAUAGGGCAGGAAGAGGCAGGAUCAGCAGCGCCAUAGUCAGCAGGGCCAAAAACCAGCUGGACACUUCCAUCCUACUGGAACACACAGACAUGCCGCUGUCUGAACGUUUGCAGAUCCCUGCAGGUGAAACUGUAGACCCCAUCCCAGCUUGCUUGUUGAGGAAAUACAUCAGCUAUGCUCGUCAGUAUGUCCAUCCCUCGCUCUCUCCUGAAGCAGCACAAACACUGCAGGACUUCUACCUUUCCCUAAGAUCUCAGGCACAUUCUGCUGAUGCCACACCCAUCACCACACGACAACUGGAGUCUUUAAUUAGACUCACUGAGGCGAGAGCCCGGUUGGACCUCAGAGAGACAGCUACAAAGAGUGAUGCUGAGGAUGUGGUGGAGAUCAUGAAACACAGUCUGGCAGAUACAUAUUCAGAUGGUCUGGGCAAUCUGGACUUUGAGCGCUCUCAGCUUGGGUCAGGCAUGAGUCAGCGCAGCGCUGCAAAACGACUGAUCAACGCACUGCACUCUCACGCACAGAGGACAAAUCAGAAGCAGUUUGACCUACAGAUGAUUCGAUCUGUGGCCGACAGAAUGAACAUCAAGGUGAUGGACUUUGAAGGUCUUGUGAGUUCCCUGAAUGAACAGGGUUUCCUGCUGAAGAAAGGAGCCAAGCUGUACCAGCUGCAGACAGUCUGAUCGCUGACAGCUGUAACAGAAUACGCACCUGCUCCUACCUGCAGACCUCACUACAAGGUCAGUGUUUGGGCUCAAUGAAAAGAGUAUCUCUAUAGAAAAGGGAAAAAAAACAUAAUGGGGAAUCCAUUAUUCAGACGACUUUCACUAAACUACCAACCGGCAGACUACAGUUAUAACCUUUGAAGAGACUGUAACAACCCCAGCUGACAAAGUCAGGACAAAUCUUCUCCCUGCUGAGACAGCAUCUCUCUGCAGAAUCUUACAGCAGCCAGUUUCCUGGAUGAGCACAAAGUUCCUGCUAAAAAGAGGAAUAACUCUAAACUAACUCGAGCACACACACACAUCACUGCUGAAACAGUCUGCAUUUCUUUCUACACAAAAAGCUUCUAACUGAACAAAUGUAGGACUCACCUUACUACCAUUAUCUAAGUAAAGAUAUAAAAACUAACUGUGAGGUACACAUGCGUUUGUGUCAUUUUAACAGUACGUGGUGACUGUUUCAAACAACAGUUGUAGCUGAGUCUUGUUUUCUCAGUAUUUUCAAAUUAAUGUCAGUCUUUGAUGAUGCACUGAGCAUCUUGAGAGAAAUGGUGUUGUACUUUGAUAAAUAUGUAAUGGAUGAUCAUACUAUUUCACUUAUGAGAGCAUUUUGUUUUCCACACAGGUGAGUGUACACUUAGUUGAAUAUAGUAGUAGCAAUGUUCUGUUAUUUUUAUGUACAUAGGAUGACAUAUAAAUUUAUGUGUAAAUGUAGGGCGUUCAGUAGCUUAGUAAAUUUAAUUGGAACAGUUGCUUCCAGUGAUGCAGCUUGUCCUGUGUCUGUAGAGCAGUCACUGUUGCACUCAGCUGAGACCAGUAGCCGUUAGCUAAUGGUUGGCACAGUGAAUAUUCACCCACUGAGGGUGUUUCUGAUUCAACCCAAAACACUGAACAGUCAGAGAAUAUUUUUGCCAUUUGUCAUGAUAUAAGAAUCCAACACUGCAGCCCAUUUAAACAUUUUUAAACAGUGGUAACUGGAGCAGGAAGCUUGAGACAAUGCAGAAAAUACCUUCCAUACUCAUGAUUCAGACUUUUUCUGAGGUGAUGUUAAGCUACAAAUGUAUUGUUUUAGUUUUAAGUGUUUAAGUUUUCAGUUAUCUCAGAUAUUGACUGUGGAAUCAGCCUUAAGAAUCCAAUCCUGGUUGAGUUAUAGUAUGUUGAUAUAAAAAGCUGCACAUGUACAAUACUUGCUUCCUGUUUUUCUCUUAAUGCUUUCUCAAAGGUUUUGUAUUGUCUGCUGUUUUUGGCUGCUUUCUGCGUGGUAUGCACUUUAUUAGUUAACAUGAA